GUUUUUGAACUUAAAACUUGUUACUGUUAAGCAGUGUAAACUCUCCACAAGAAAUGAAAACUAUUUCCUGUUUCUUAUGUGCUUUUAUGUUAUUUCUGAACGCAUUUGUUCAAGGAAAAGUGAGAUUUAGUAUUGACGAUAACUAUGAGGUGUGCUCACCAGAGACUGAUUCAUUUCAAACUUUCGACACAAGUAAAAUAGAGUUAGUUUCGGUAAAUGAUACACAUACUUAUCUCAAUGGAUCUUUAACAACUUUAUUUGAACUACCACCAUGGCCUGCUCGUUUUUAUACCGAAAAGCUUUAUGGAGAUAAAUGGGAAAUAUUUAUAAUCAACCGACAGGUUAAAGAUUUUUGUUCUGAAAUGCAUGCAAAGAAUGAGUUUUGGUACGAAAUCAUGAAGCAUUUCAACCCAUGUCCAUAUAAAAUAGGAGAUGUUAUUGUGACUGACAUGUUAAGAGUAAAUGAUAUCCCAUUAUCAGCUCCACCUAGCUUUAAAGGUCGCUGGAGAGGAACAUAUGAGAGUCAACGAGUCAUUGAUGGAAAGAUGAAAACCGAAUGUUUUCGCAUAAAUGCUGAAUUCUUGAAUUGAUGAAGAUGACGACAAACUUCAGUUCUUGGACUUUGAAACUUGCAAAGUAACUUAAUAUUCUAUGUAUAUUAAUCACAAGCAAAUGGGUUCGCUUAUAUAUCAAGAAUUAUUAUAAUAAAAACAUU